GCAUAAUCGCGUGCAAUUUGUGGACCAAGUACUGGGACCACGGCCGAUGUCGUACGAGCAUGAGAUCAUCCAUGUCGAGGACAAGUGGGCAGAGCUGCUGCCGACGAGAAUACCCCUUCGCUACGCGUUCUUCCGCUACCUCGGGUUCUGCAUCAAGGUGCACGGCAGUGCGAAGAACGGACACACGUCGAGCAAGGCCUUGAAACCUGCAUCGCGAGCAUCGCUGCGGAUAAAGAUCUCCUCGAGCCAAGGGAUCGUGCUGGACGAAAAGAUCCCAGCGCACUUCAAGGACGGCGUGUACUACGUCCAAGACAUUUCGCUUCAAGACGAAGGACUGCACACGAUCCACGUGUGGAUCGAAAGUCGGUUUCUCACGUCAGUGAAACCCUUUGCCCACGAAUUGCAUGUCCACCAGUUCAUGCGACUCCAUGACGAUCCCGGUGCGCUCUUUGCAGGUCCCUACGGCGGCCUCCGGAGAGCCAUCGACCCGUACUUGUAUAAAGGACGUGAUUACGAACUCAGGGACAACUUGGUGUGGACAGACGACCUCCUUCAUCAGUGCUUAGCCAGGUCCAAGUCCAAAUUGCGCACCGUCGACUCCAAGUGGUGGCUGCGGCAGUUUGUCGAGCAAGGGGAGUUGCAGGCGAAGAAGCAAGUCCAACUGCGAAAAGCCACAGAUCAAGUCUGUACUUACAUCAUCGAUUGAAAUCGCCACAUCGAGCUGACACCAUAUAUAUAUAUAUACUCCAGGCACUGCAAACACCCAGCCAACCAGCCCGACCUCGCAAGCAACCUCGUCCGAUUCGGGCAGGUGACAAGCGCGAGCACGAUCAUUACUUUCAAGGCCGCCAAAAGGAAGUCAAGCGCCAACGCACGGGGCAAAUCCGCAUCUUCGUACACGAACCCCUCCACGGUACGCCGCCGUUCCUCCCUUCCCUCACGGCAGGAUGACUACCUCCCUCUGACGUGCAUCUUGGUUGCAGCGAACGAGACUCAAGUCGUGUUUAGCAAGCUGGACCUGCAUCGGCAGUUGGCGCUGUAUUCUCAAAAACACUGAAACUAGAUCUAUGAUUGGUUAAAAUAGAAAUUCUUUUGAUCGUUUGAUUGGACA